UCCAGCAUGGAAGACGCCCUGGACGGCCGCGAGGGGGGCGGUAGCGGCGCGGGGUUCGACUCGGCCGCCAUCUUGAAUGAUGACGUGUCACCCACAACUAGCUUCUGCUAUAAUAUACCUAACCUUUUUAAUGGGCUGGGUCCAGGCUCGGUGCUGUGCGAGCGCGCGGAGGCCGAGCCGCCGGAGCCCUACGCGGAGGCUGCGGAGGAACCGGCCGAGGCACCCUAUGAUGACGAUGACGAGUACUCGCCCAAAUCUAGUGAGUGGUAUUCAAAAGGAGAUGUUCCGAAACGAAAACAACGAAGAUACAGAACUACAUUCUCCAACGUCCAGUUAGAACAACUAGAGGCGGCGUUCCACAAGACCCACUACCCUGACGUGUUCUUCAGAGAGGAGCUAGCCAUGAGGAUCGAUCUGACUGAAGCCAGAGUACAGGUUUGGUUCCAAAACCGUCGAGCCAAGUGGCGGAAGCAGCAGAAGGCUGGUUGUGACUACCCACAGAGGUCAAGGUCACCAGAUCAACGGUCUCCUUCCACCUUGGCGCUGGAAAUGAGGGACUUUAUUACCAUACCGGUGUCAUCACCGCAAAUGAUAACUCUGACAGAGUCAACGAAUCAGCAGGCUUACUCUAACCAGAAGCUGAAAUCUCCACAACCAGCCAUCCACAUAUCGGCCUUACCAACCAGAGCGAAUUCGUCCAUGGACCUUCCUUCUUUCUCCAUACCUCUGCAAUAUAACCUCGGGAGUUUUAAACGAGUGGAUGAAGAGAUACAUUUUGAUAUCGAAGGAACUUCAACGGAUAAUGAUCAGACACAUCAGUGGGAUGGAAGAAUGAUGAACAAUUUUAACCUGAUGCAUCUGAAACCAUUGAUUGAAAAUCGAGAAACCACUGACGUAGAACUCAAGUAUGAAGUUAAAAAUGAAGGCGCGAGACUCAAUUACAAUGAAAUAGGCAAUGUUAGUAUUCAAAGUACUGCUAUAGAAGCUGAUGAUAUACUAGGUAAGGAAACAGCUAAUGAAGGGCAAACUAUAUCGCCAGAUUUUGAAAUAGAGAGAUAUCAGAAUUAUCAGAACGAGGAAAAAAGAUUUAGAGAAGAUUAUGAGAAUUCAGUAGCUGAUGAUAGUAAUAAUAAGUGCGAAUUUGUUUGUGAUAAUGAUUUUUUGUGCCAUAAAGAUAAUUGUGAAUAUGAUAAGGGAGAAAGUAAGAGAGAGGACUUCGAAGGUUGUGCUCUUUUGGAUGCCGAUAGCAAUGUCGGUUUUGAAAACAAUAUCUGAUGCUAAAAAAAAUUAUUACAUUUGAUCUAGUCACUAGCCUAGUCUUAGUAGUCGAAAUAAGUAAUGACUAAUGUUGUUAGUAGGUAUAUGAAAAUAAAGCC